AUGGACGCGCUGUCCGGCGCCGGGCCUCGCCGGGCUCGCUGCAGCCUGGGCGCGGCGUCUCCCGGAGCGCGGGCUGCGGCGGCGCCCUGGGCGCGGUUCUCGGCCUGGCUGGAGUGCGUGUGCGUGGUCACCUUCGACCUGGAACUGGGCCAGGCGCUGGAGCUGGUGUACCCCAGUGACUUCCGGCUCACGGACAAGGAGAAAAGCAGCAUCUGCUACCUGUCCUUCCCUGACUCCCACUCAGGCUGCCUCGGAGACACUCAGUUCAGCUUCCGCAUUCGGCAGUGUAGCGGACAGAGGAGCCCGUGGCACGCCGAGGACCGGCACUAUAACAGUGGGGCCCCCAUGUCGCUGCAAAGGGAGCCGGCACACUACUUUGGUUACGUGUACUUCAGACAGGUGAAGGACAGCUCCGUGCAAAGGGGCUACUUCCAGAAGUCUCUGGUGCUGGUGUCCCGCCUGCCCUUUGUCCGGCUGUUCCAGGCGCUCCUGAGCCUGAUUGCCCCCGAGUACUUCAGCAAGCCGGCCCCCUGCCUGGAAGCGGUGUGCAGUGAGAUUGACGAGUGGCCCGCCCCUGUGCCCGGGCAGACCCUGAACCUGCCCGUUAUGGGUGUCGUCCUCCAGGUUCACAUCCCGUCCAGGGUGGACAAGCCUGAGUACAGUCCUCCGAAGCCGUGUAGCCACGAGAAUUUGCUGCCCGCCCCAGUGAUCCUUACCAGCGUUCAUGAACUGGACCUGUUCAGGUGCUUCCAGCCGGUGCUGACCCACGUGCAGACUCUGUGGGAGCUUAUGCUCCUCGGGGAGCCCCUGGUGGUCCUGGCACCCUCGCCCGCCAUGUCCUCAGAGUUGGUGCUGGCCUUAAUCAGCUGCCUACAGCCCCUCAAGUUCUGUUGCGACUACCGCCCCUACUUCACCAUCCAUGACAGCGAGUUCAAGGAGUUCACCACGCGCACACAGGCCCCACCAAACGUGGUCCUGGGAGUCACAAACCCUUUCUUUAUCAAAACACUCCAGCACUGGCCCCACAUACUCCGUGUUGGAGAGCCCAAGAUGGCAGGGGAUCUUCCUAAGCAGGUCAAGCUGAAAAAGCCAUCUAGGCUGAAGACACUUGACACCAAGCCAGGUGUGUGCCCCUUGGGCCAGAGCUGCUCCUCACCUCCAGAGCCUGGGCCGGUGGGCUCUGAGUUCUCGGGGAACCUUCUGUGCUUCCCCCAAUUGGAGGUGGGCGUAGAGGUGCAGUCGCAGCUAGAGGGGGUGGGGCUGCGGGGGGAGGCCCCUCAGGACAGGGCCAGCUCUGCCCUCCCGCUAGGCCUUUACACCGCGUACUCAGCCCACCUGCACCGGGACAAGGCACUGCUCAAACGGCUACUCAAGGGGCUGCAGAAGAAGAAGCCGUGGGACACACAGACGGCACUGCUGAGAAGGCACCUCCUGGAGCUCACGCAGAGCUUUAUCAUCCCCCUGGAGCACUACAUGGCCAGCCUCAUGCCCUUGCAGAAGAACAUCACGGCCUGGAAGACUCCUCCCCAGAUCCGCCCCUUCCGCCAGGAUGACUUCCUGCGCAGCCUGGAGCACGCAGGGCCACAGCUCACCUGCGUCCUCAAGGGCGACUGGCUGGGCCUCUACAGGCGGUUUUUCAAGUCCCCCCACUUUGACGGCUGGUACCGGCAGCGGCACAAGGAGAUGGCCCAGAAGCUGGAGGCCUUGCACCUUGAGGCCAUCUGUGAGGCGCAGAACAUCGAGACUUGGAUGAAAGACAAGUCUGAGGUGGAGGUCGUGGACCUGGUCCUGAAGCUUCGGGAGAAGCUGGUACAGGCACAGGGCCGCCAGCUCCCGGUGAAGGAGGCAACGCUACAGCGGGCGCAGCUGUACAUCGAGACGGUCAUUGGCUCUCUACCCAAGGACCUGCAGGCCGUCCUGUGCCCUCCUUAGGGCAGGGUCAAAGGGCGAGCUCCAGGGGCCUGGGUUCGGCCAGGCGGGAGCGCCUCAGCCCGAGCCCCCUGCUGCUGCUCUCUAGCCUUGGCCCCCCAUCAGCUCCACUGUUGUUUCAGCAGUAAAGGUGGCAUCUGGAACCACA